UGGAAUAAUGGAGGACUGUCUUUUCCACCCGGACUUAUGCUGUCUGUAUUUCUACUCUACUACCUUUCUUUUUUAAGAAAAACAACUCGUGUACAUUUCAGCACGUAGUUGAGGUCGGAGUAAAAUGCCUAAGAUGACUACAGACAAGCCUGCCCAAAGUGUGGGCUCCAGGAUAAUGACGUUCUCCCCCUCCAAAGAGGAGUUCAAGGACUUCCGCCGGUACAUCGCCUAUAUGGAGUCACAAGGAGCACACAAAGCUGGAAUGGCGAAAGUAAUUCCACCUAAAGGCUGGAAACCUCGAAAAACAUAUGAUGACAUCGAUGACCUGGUGAUACCUGCUCCCAUUCAGCAGGUAGUGACAGGCCAGUCCGGACUGUUCACACAGUACAACAUCCAGAAGAAGCCAAUGACCGUCCAUGAGUUCCGCAAGACAUCCAACAUGGACAAGUUCUGCAAUCCUCGAUAUGUGGAUGUUGAUGAGCUGGAGAGGAAGUUUUGGAAGAACCUGACCUUCAACCCCCCCCUUUACGGUGCUGAUGUCAGCGGAACACUGUAUGAUCCAGAUGUGACUGAGUGGAACAUCGGCCGCCUCAACACCAUUCUGGACACGGUAGAGAACGAGAGUGGGAUCAAGAUCAAAGGAGUGAACACACCGUACCUCUAUUUUGGGAUGUGGAAGAGUGCCUUUGCGUGGCACACAGAGGACAUGGAUCUGUACAGCAUCAACUACCUGCACUUUGGAGAGCCAAAGUCCUGGUAUAUUGUCCCACCAGAGCAUGGGAAGAGACUGGAACGACUCGCCAAGGGUUUCUUCCCAGGGAAUGCCCAGAGCUGUGAAGCCUUCCUGCGCCACAAGAUGACAUUAAUUUCACCCUCAAUCCUGAAAAAAUAUGGCAUACCAUUUGAGAAGGUGACUCAGGAGGCUGGGCAGUUUAUUGUGACGUUCCCCUUUGGUUAUCAUGCUGGUUUCAACCAUGGCUUCAACUGUGCUGAGUCGACCAACUUUGCCACCCAGCGAUGGAUCGAUUACGGCAAACAGGCGACACUGUGUUCGUGCCGACAGGACAUGGUGAAGAUCUCCAUGGAUGUGUUUGUACGCAAAUAUCAGCCCGACCGUUACAAGCUGUGGAAGGCAGGGAAAGACACCGCUCCCAUCGACCACUCCAAAGUCACACCUGAGGCCACUGAGCUUCUGGAACAAGACAACAUCGAACCUUCAAAAGAGACUCCCACUCAAGCUGUAUUUGAGGAUCCCACUAGUCCCAUCCUGGAGGAAAAAAGUCCAAAGCCUCAGACUGGGACAAAGCGUCAGCUAGAAGCUGAUAAAGCAUCUGCAGAUAUCAAACCUGAGCUGAUGAUGGAGGAGACUGAGGAGGUGGAGCCAAAGAAGGCCAAGCUGUCACGCAAGGAGACUCCCACUAAAGUCUCUGUGAAGCCCAAUAAAGACACAGGAAAAGUCAAGACAGAGCCUAAGAAGGAGAAAGAAGCUAAGCCUCAGAUUAAAUCUCAAUCCAGACCCAGGGCUAAGAAAACUCCCAACAGACAAAGCAUUAUGAAAAAAGAGAAGAACGGUGUGCCAGCUGCAAACAGCUGUCCAUCAGAGCACAUUGAGAGCCAGGGGGCGGGUCCCUGCUCUGAGGAGGAGAGUCAGCGGGGGGGCAGCUGCAGCCCGCCACACAAAGCGUUCCAGAGGACGCUGAGCCCCGCGGACGUCCUGCACGUACACAGCUACGCCAAGGGAGACUACGCAGAGGGAGAGCCCCCCCCGAAGGAGGAGAGGACGAGUGAGGAUAGUGACAAUGAGAUUGAGAAUGACUACAGAAAUGUUUGCAAAGCAGGGGCCGGAGAGGCAACUGGAGAUGAAGAGGAAGAGAAUGACCUGGGACAGCUUCCAGGCCACCAUCCACUCAUAAAGGAUGGCAUGAGUGAUGAAGAGGUUCCAGAGGAGGCCCCCCGGGUAGAGGAGGGUGGUCUGGAGGGGGAGAGCUGGGCUAAACCUCUGGCUCACCUGUGGCAGAACAGACCCCCCAGCCUGAAGAAAGAGAAGGAGUACAACCAGCGCAUGGAAUCCAAACCUCCAUACUGCUCCAUUUGCAUGCUGUUCUACACAUACCAGCAGACGGAAUGUGCCAGCAUUGUGGACAGUCCCGUCAUGGUUCCUGGGGGGGGCAUGCGGACCAAACCACUGAUCCCAGAGAUGUGUUUCACCACCACCACAGAGGAGGACUCUGAGUGUGAGGAGCCGCCCGUAACGCCUCAUCUAGAGGAAGACGGAACAAGCCUCCUCAUCAGCUGCUCUCAGUGCAGCAUCCGGGUUCACACCAGCUGUUACGGUGUGGAUCCAGCCAGUGUGAGCAAGGAGUGGAAAUGUGCGCGCUGCAAGGCCAACGCCAUGAAUGAGAAUUGCUGUUUGUGUUCGCUGAGAGGUGGAGCCUUGCAGAAAGCCAACAACAACAAGUGGGUACAUGUGCUGUGUACAGUUGCUGUGCUGGAGGCACGCUUUGUCAACAUCACUGAAAGAAGUCCUGUGGAUUUAAGUGGAAUCCCUUUGCAGAGAUUUAAACUGAAGUGCUACUACUGUAAGAAGCGGAUGAAGAAGGCUUCUGGCUGCUGUGUGCAGUGCUCUCAUGGCCGCUGCCCCACAGCCUACCACCCCACCUGUGCCCAGGCUGCAGGAGUGCUCAUGCAGCCCGAUGAAUGGCCCUUUGUAGUCCACGUUACCUGCUGUCGACACAAAGGGCCCACUCAGAUUGAGCGCAAUAAAGCAGCCAUGCAUGAGCUGACGGUGGGACAGAAGGUGAUCUGCAAGCACAAGAACGGCCGCUACUACCAGUGUGACGUGGUGCAGCUGACUAAAGAGACCUUCUACGAAGUCAACUUUGACGAUGGUUCCUUCAGUGACAAUCUCUUCCCCCAAGACAUCGUGAACCGAGACUGUGCUCAGCUUGGGCCCCCCCCUCAGGGUGAGGAGGUUAAGGUGCGAUGGACAGACGGCCUGGUGUAUGGGGCCAAAUUUGUGGCAUCACGUGCCAUCUACAUGUACCUGGUCGAAUUUGAGGAUGGGUCUCAGCUAACGGCAAAGAGAGACGACGUCUAUGCUCUGGAUGAAGAACUCCCAAAGAGAGUCAAGUCAAGACUGGUGAGUGCUACCCAA